ACAUUCUGUUAGUCGCAGUAGCGAUCUUCGUCGGACAAGUCCGUGAGUCUACUUUACUCGAUAAUCAAUUAGAAGAAUUUUACAAGUAUUCUUUUUUCGGAAUCGACGUUUUAUUAAUCGUUAAGAGUAAAAAUGUCACCAAGAACAUUUAUUGUUAAAUACGAUCGACCUAAUGCUACUUACGUACCAGGAGAAAAUAUAACCGGUUGUGUUAUCAUCAUAUUGAACGAGAGCAAAAGUGUUCGAGAUUUAAAAAUAUAUUUCAAAGGAUUAGCAAGUGUUCAUUGGACGACAACACGAACGGAAAAUGAUAUAAACGGAAAACCCGUGACAGUAACCGAUCAUCAUCAUGCUACUGAAAAAUAUUUCAGCAUAGAACAAUCUUUGUUAAGAAGAUCGCCCGAAAACGACAGAGUGGAACUUCCGGAAGGACAAAGCGAAUAUUAUUUUUCUUUUCAAUUGCCAAUGAACAUACCGUGUAGUUUUGAACAUGAAGUUGGAUAUAUUCGUUAUACUGCAAAAGCAAUCGUCGAUAUACCAUGGAGAUUCGAUUGGUGGACAAAAACAGCAUUCACCGUUGUCGCUCCGUUCGAUUUAAAUUCAAUUUCGCAUCAAUGUAUGGGAAUCGACGACGAGACGUCGAAAGAUUACUGUUGUUGUUGUAUCAAUAAAGGGUCAAUACACGUUCGAAUAAAAGUUCCAAGUUUAGGAUACGUUCCAGGACAAUUUAUAAUGACAGAAGUGAUAUCAGAUGUAAAAUCGUCGAGCAUUAAUGUAACGAAAAUUACUACGAAAUUAGAAGAAGUAAUUACAUUUUAUGCGCACGGCUCGACAAAAAGAGAAGAAAUUACGAUACAAAAGAAUCAAGACGACGGACCAAUCGGAAUACAUCAUCAAACAAAUCUCAAACUUUAUGUUCCACCUAUUCCACCAUCUAAUUUAGACAAUUGCAGUAUCAUUCAAUUGAAAUAUCGUCUACAUAUACACGUUCAUGUUAGUGGCAUGCAUAAAAAGAUCGAUAAAAAAUAUCCGAUAUUCAUUGGAACAAUACCUUUAUUUUCUUCGUCAUGGACACCAUGGACACAAACAAAUGAUACUCAACCAUCGGCACCAAUAAUUGACCAAGAACCAUCAGUGUCCAUUCCGAUGCCUAUAUCAAUACCUGGGUUUGUUGAACCAUCAGGAAAAAUAACUAAUUUACCAAGUAUACCUCAACCUAAUUUCAACGAGUCCCAAACACCAAAUCCAUCACUACCAAUAGGAUGGAAUAUGCCACCCCCUUCUUACGAAGAAUGCAUGCAAAAAGCUAAUAAUAUCAAGGACGAUGAUGAUUCGAAUUCUGUUUAUGGCGCAGAUCAGCCAUUUGCACCGAGAUAUCCAGUUUUUAAUUUUAUGUUUCCUCAUCCACCUAAAUAAAUAAUGUUAUGUUAUAUUCGUAAAUUGAAUAAAAACGAAUAUUGAAAUUCAAGUAUCAAUUGAAACCCAAGAUUAAAAUUACUUUAUUUCAACGUUGUAUUUACGUCCAGAUAUAUGUAUGAAGUUUAAAUAAAAAAGAACAUUUUUUUAAAACAA